CGUGCAUGGAAUUUAAAAAAAAUUAUAAGAUAUACGAAUGUAUAGAAAAAAAUAUUUAGUUAUAGGCAAACGCUAAAAGAUAUUGUCAGUAUGUAACGUGUUAAUAAAAACAAUAUUAUAGGUCGAAACGAGAAAUAAUCAUAAUUUUAAUUAAGAAAGAUUGCAUAAAUGUGUAAGAACACAUGCAUAUUAUGGAUUUUUAGAGAGUCAAUUUUAUAUGCUGAUAUGUAAUGUGUGACAGAGAAUGUAAAAGGAAGAAACCAAGAAAAGAAAAAAAAAAACAAAAAAAGAUGAAAAGCGAUAUUUGAAAACAUAGGGUUAUCAUCCUGUUUUCCUUGGUGCAUUUUAUAUAUGGAAACGAAUAAUAAAUAGUUGUAACUACUUCGAAGAUAGUGAUUAUUUCCGUAUUACUACUUUAUGCAUUUAUGAUUGAAAAAUGAGCUUUUAUAUAUACAUACCUAAAUUUGUAUAUUUAACAAAGAGCGAAAUAUUUUGCAGAUAAUAUUUGUACAUGACGUAUACUUUUUCGAGCUUUCCACAUAUAAAUAAACCUAUUUUCCGUUUGGAAUAAAUCCGGUAAAAAAAAUAUAACAAUAGCAUUUUGUAUUCAACAUAUAACAACACAUUUAUGUGUAAUGCUCCUUUUAAUAGUUUCAUUUAUAAUUCCGUAGAUAUACAGUUAAUCCGUUCAGUCAUUUAUAAUAAUUACAUUGUAUGUAGUAUCUUUUGCAGCAAUCAAUAUUGCACAUUGAUUCGGUAAAUAUUAAGUUCGGUCGAUAAAACAGGAUCAAAUGAAAAUAUUAUUAUUAUUAUUAUUAUUAUUAUUAUUAUUAUUAUUAUUAUUAUUAUUAUUAUUAUUGUUGUUGUUAGAAGAUUUAUUUCAUAUUUUUAAUAUGUAGAUAUAUAAAUAAAAAAUUUUCUGUAAUUAUCUCUUUGACGAAAUCAGCUCUAUUUUUUUUCUAUUCUGUGCUUUUAAGCAGCCAUAAAAGGCAGCUGAAUAAAACGCAAUAAAGUAUUCCGAUCGAGCGUGAACAUUCGCAACUAGUAAUAUCCCUUUCACGUGAUUUUUUUUUUCUUUGCAAUUGUAAAUACGUUCAGAAAAACAAAUUUAAUGCGAUAUAAGCAACUAUAAAUUGUCAAUUCUAUCAAUUAGCAAUAAAAAAAAAAUAUAUAUAUAUAUAUACGUAUAUAUUUUAUCUAAAAUAAAAUUCAUCAAUGACCUGUUUGUAGAAUUCUACAUACGCACGAUGAAACGUGUCAUAACGUCGAUCAUAAUCGAUGAUAUAACAAGUGUCGCCGUUUUCAUAAUCGAGGUUCAAUCAACGAGAGAAGAAAAGGUUUUCUUGAUAAAAAAGAAUAAAAAACAUAAAAAAAAAAGAAGAAGAACUGAUCAGUGAGUUUGUAAAAAAAAAAAAAAAAAAAAAAAAAAAAAAAAAAAAUUAAGCAAAUUUGAAGAAAAUAUAAAUGGGAUGGAAAAGAUGGGAUAGCGCGUGUACGAUCUUGAUUGGUAACAAUAAUUAUUGGAAUUUACGAAAAGAAUUAAAAGUGCAAACGAAGAAGGAAGUUAAAAGAACUUGUGGUGAGGAGAGGAGAGAAGAGGAAAGGAAAGGAGAAGAGAAGAGAAUAGUGCUCGAUCGGUGAAACGAAGUAAAAAAGAGAGAGGCGAGAAUGAACGAUCGCGACGACCAUGGUGGCUGCAAUGUGACCGGUGUACCACGUGACCGAUAGAACCAAUCGGUUCUUGGGUAGAACUGGCGGUCACGUUGCGUUCGGCGUGGCAAAAGCUUUCCCCUUUCCUCUGCACGCUGUCUCCCUUAUCCUGCUUGCAAGCAGCAAGUCCUAGGUGAGAACCAUAAGCACGACUCUCGACGAAUACAACAGUCCAAUUUUCUUCUUUCCUCGGAAAUCAUUGUGCAUUUAUUAUUACCUCUUUACGAUCAUGUGUUCGUUAUCAUUCUCGAGCGCGUAGACAGAAGAGAUUGUCAUACGAAGAGGAUAGACAUAGAUAUCGUUGAAGUGUAUUUUAAUUAUUUUAUUAACCGCGUUAUUGUGCAUUAUUUGUGUAGUGUUAAUGCAAAUUGCAUUAAAGAAAUUAUUAACUUGUCGAAAAUUAAUGUUGGCAACGGUAACAGAAUUACGAUUUAUUCGUGACGACAUCAGAUUUAUGUUUUCUGUUGUAUGACGGGAGAGAGACAAAGAGAAAGGAUUGUUAGAAUUUCGCGCCUCUUUCAAAAGUGAUACCUUCACAAGUAGGAAAAGUAAGAAGAAGAAUCUUGGCUUGGAGAAGAGGUUGCGUUAGCAUAAAAUAAUUGCGUAAUGCCGCCGGACGAUUAGCAAUGAGGCUUUCGUUUUACCAUUUUCUUUUUAUUUCUGGAUAGGAAAAUGAAUUAAGUCUCAGCAAAUAUACGUUCGGUAUUCGUCGAAAGAAAAAAGUAGAGAGAGAGAGAGAGAGAAAGAGAGGGAGAGAGAGAAAGAGAGGAAGAGAGAGAGAGAGAGAGAG